AUGCCCUUCCCUGCCCGCCGUGUCCAGGGGGCCGCUGUGGCUACUGCGUGGGCUGCCUCACCGAGCGAGCCAUCUUCCAAAACAUUGAGGCGUCACGCACUGUCCCCCCCACCGGAGUCUGCAGCCUGCACUCUCUCGGGCAAGCCGGAGAACCCAGCUCUGUCGGCGGUUGCGGAGGAGCAGCAUGCAAUAGAUCAGACUGACACGAAAUCGCUGAUUUCUCGUGACGCCCACGAGCGUACCUGCCACACUUCUUGCCGCAGCGCAUCUAAUUCUUCGCCUAUGUCGCGGUCGCGCCACGCGCGGACGUCUGUAGAGCGUGGAAGGAUGCGUAGCUCUUCCCGAGGCCCGAAGCCUCUCAAGCUCGACGACCCGAGCGCGCUUGCGGCUCUAUCUUUCGGAGGCAGCGCGAGUGAGCCAGGAGCGGUAGACCCAGUCAUGGCAGAUGAGGCCGCAGCCGUGCGGAUGCGGGUAAUGGAAGAGAUGAACGACGUUGCUGAGGCGGCGGCAAGGGUUUAUGACUUGGGAGGCGACAGCAAAGAGAGGCCGACUGCGUUCCUCUACCGCGGAUGUGCGGCACAGGUGGCUACGUCAACCGCUGGAAUGUACGGCGAGAUGGUUGAGAGCUCCGUUCGCCAGGUCGUUCAGUACAUGCGGCACUACGGAGGCGAUGAGUUCAGCGUCUUCCUCGACCUCGGGAGCGGGCGAGGGGCGCCUUCGUGCAUUGCUCUCUACCAGCAACCGUGGCUGGCGUGUCUGGGCAUCGAGAAGUGCCCGCAGGCGUAUUCCCUCUCUCUCGAGACGCAUCGAACUGUUCUUCGGCGAGAGAUGAACCAGUCUGAGAGCAUCCCCCCCCCUUCUGUCCUUCCUUCGGUUCUUUCUCCGCCACAAAGCGACCACUGUGGAAGGGACUCCAGCAGUGCGGGAAGCUGCACGGGCGUGGUGCAGGGCGCGAGUCCGAAUCGCGGCGAGCCGUCCGGCUCUCUCUGUGGCGGUGGGCGUCCGGGCGGAAGAGUUCCUCGGCGUCGCAUGUGCUUCCAGCAAGAAGAUUUGUCGGCCUUUUAUCACCUCGAAGGCGUCACGCAUGUCUAUUCCUUCGACGCUGCAAUGGAGGGACCUCUGAUCAACUGGAUCGUUCAAAUGUUCAUGAGGACGAAGACAUGGUAUCUGUAUGCCUCGUUCCGAAGCGAUCUGAUUUCUAAAUUCGACUUGGGAGGGGCGUCUCUAGUUGGCCAAGUGAGCAGCAGCAUGUGGGUCUCCUCUGAAGGCCGCACAACGUAUAUUUACGUCAAGAACAACUGGCGCGCGUGCAAAGCAUACCACCGUCGGUGGCUCCGUCGCUUUUUGUUCUCGCACUCGGCGUGCGGACCUGUGGCAGGCCCGCGGCGGCUUGCGGGCUCGUCUCUGGCUUCCACAGUCGUGGUGAGAGCUGACGAAGAACAGCAACUUGCUUCGAAGAAGCUGCAGAUCACGACCUCCGAGGCCUUCCGGCUUCUUUUUCUUCGGCAAGAAGAAUUGUGGAGCGAGUUCGAAGGCGGGGCGCAGACGCCGGGUCGGAGUUUGUCUCCAGCCCGAGACUCGACUGGCGCCGUCUCACGGUUGCCUUCGAGUCCAAGUGAUAUGAAAAACCGAGGGAGGAGUAGCAGCAGAAGACGCGCAAACAGCCUCAGUGGGCACAGCAAACACCUGCAACUUCAAUCGCUCCAGCUCCAGGCAGCCCGGCAGUGCUGUGCGCAUGACAGACUUCCUGAGUGCCUCCGCCUGAACGGGCCUCUAUGGGCCUCGGAGCAAGAAGACCUGGACGAAACGGGGGAGGGCAAGCCUCAGGGGAGAAGAGGAACGUUAGCGGAAUCUGUGCGGCAGGAACAAGUCAGCGAAGAAGCGCAAGAGGAGGCCGAGUUGCGCGAGAUGGUGAAGACGUUCAAAUCCUCAUUUUUUCGCAUCUCGCAAUGGCUGCAGCCGCUGACCGUGCUGGACAUGCUUCGACUGGCUUUUUUACCCGGCGAAGGCCAGGCAGCCUGGCUGGAUCACCGCCAGCAGCAACUGACAGGAGGAGGCGUGUUGACACGCACGCGGCGACCCACGGCCCUUGGGUUCAAUGAGCACCAGCGGCGGCAGGAGGAGCUGGAGAGGGACGCUCUCUUGGAAUUCCUGGCGAAAGCUGAUGAUCCGGCAGACGUGGCAAGCUGUCGCCAGGAACUCGCCGAGAAACUCGAGAUGUGGAGGCGAGAGAGCUAUUCGGUCUUCCCCUACAGUCUCCUGCAAGAGUCAGAGCUUCCCCCCAAUGUUGUGGCGGAGGCACACCGAGAUGCAGAGGCGAUAGCAGAGAGGCUGGCGCACCUGCUGACUUCAUCCGUGCCUCGGUCGUCGUCCUUCUCUCCCGUCGCUUCACCUGCCUCGUCCAGAAGGCCCUCGGCGACUGCGUUGGCGUCUCUCCGACGGCUGUCUUCCAGCCCCGCUGCAUCGCCCCAGAGAGCAGGGUCGGGCUCUGACGGGCCUGGAUUUCAGGCAGCGGGAGCCGGAUCCCGGCCUCGGGUUGCUCAGCCUGGUGCGACGGUUGUGUCGGACUUUGGGACCCCGCGAACGAGCUGGCGAGGCGACCGGUACGCGGAGGCAUUUGAUGCCAGCGCUCCUCCGUUGAUCGGUGGAUCCCAGCCCACCGAGAGCCUGCACGCUGCCACACCGCUGCGCGGCCGCAGCCGCCGCGCUUCGACUCCCAAGGACCUCCUCAGCCGCCGGGAAGCGUCUGAGCUUGUGUCAGCCCUGCAGACUCUCCCGUCGAACGCAGGAAGACUCGAGCACACGCCUUCACCGCCGCUGAAGAGGCGGGGAAUCAACAAGGAUCAGGAGCCCAAGGGGACGCCGUGCGAUUCGGCAACGCCACGGAUGACGCCAAAGACGCGGGCAGCGUAUAGAGAGGUUGAGCAGAGUUUCCAGAGUCUGGAAAUCCGCAGCGCGCUCAGCCGUCGGAAAAGGCGUGCGAUGCCCGAAGGCGAAACUGCGUAG